AUGACUCCUACGACUUCCAAUCAGUCGCAUGUAUUUCAUGCGAGCAAAAAUUCGAUACGCCAAAAGCAAGGACGCCGCAGAAUCUGUCUGAUGAAAAAAGCAUCCGAGUACAGCAAAAUCUGUGAUGCCGACGUCUGUGUCGGGAUACGACUACACGAGACAGGGAAGGUCUUCAUCCUGUCUGCAGAUAGUACAGGGUUUUGGGAAUUUGUCAAAUCAAAACUGGACUCAUAUUACCCUGUUCCGAAAUUCGUCACCGAGCAAGAUCUUGAAAAGACUGGAAGCAUGGCCAUAUCACCCACGGAGGUAGAGACAGAGUCAGGACAAGUCGACAAUGAGUCAUUCUCGCAAGAGGCCCAUGAAUGA